GUCUCCUACUUCUUUCCCUUCGCUGCAUUGCCUGGCUCCGGUUGUGGUCACUCGUCAAUCCUCGCUGCUGACCUUGCCUCGUCUUCUGAUACUUCUUUCCGACUUUCGUCUUCCUUCUGAAUUUGGUUUUUUCCCCCGACCUCCCCGAGUGAGAAAAACAAAGUCAAACGCCUCGGAAAAUUUUAUACGGCCCAUUUCUUGCCCCCCAAGUGCGCCAAAUACAACUCGGAAUUUUAGGAAUAAGAUGUCUCCCGCUAUCGCCGCCGGUGCUGGCUCUGCCGCCAAGGAUGUCAAGAGAGAAUCCGCAACUGCUCGUCUGUUGGGUUCCGGAACCGCUGGAAUCACGGAGCUCAUGGUCUUCCAUCCCGUUGAUACCAUCUCGAAGCGGUUGAUGAGCAACCAGACCCGGAUUGCCUCCUCCGCUGAAUUGAACAAGGUCGUCUUCAAGGAGUACGCCACCGCUUCCGCUGGCACCAAGUUCACCUCCCUCUUCCCCGGCUUGGGUUAUGCUGCUGGCUACAAGGUCCUCCAGCGUAUCUACAAGUACGGUGGUCAGCCUUUCGCGCGUGACUACCUGGCUCAGCACUACGGCACUGAGUUUGACAAUGCCUUCGGAAAGGGUACGGGCAAGGCCAUCAUGCACGCCACUGCUGGAAGUUUGAUCGGCAUUGGAGAGAUUGUCCUUCUGCCUCUGGACGUCCUUAAGAUCAAGCGUCAGACUAACCCCGAGGCAUUCCGCGGCCGUGGCUUGUUCAAGAUCAUCUCCGACGAGGGUAUGGGACUCUACCGUGGCGCUGGCUGGACUGCGGCCCGUAACGCCCCCGGUUCAUUCGCGCUCUUCGGUGGUUCUGCUUUCGCCAAGGAGUACCUGUACAGCCUGCAGGACUACAACACCGCUAGCUGGUCUCAGAACUUUGUCGCCUCUGUUUGCGGUGCCAGUGCCUCUCUGGUUGUGUCUGCUCCUCUGGAUGUGAUCAAGACUCGUAUCCAGAACCGCAACUUCGAGAACCCCGAGUCGGGCUUCCGCAUUCUGUCCAACAUGGUCAAGAACGAGGGUGUCACCAGUUUCUUCAAGGGCCUGACGCCCAAGCUGCUGAUGACCGGUCCCAAGCUCGUUUUCAGCUUCUGGCUGGCUCAGACGUUGAUCCCUGCGUUCGGCCAGGUCGUAUAAAAGUUGACGAUAAUCUGAUUAUAAUAGCGAGUGUUUCUUAUACUUCCCCCUUUUCGGGAUGAUUUUUACUUCAUGUUCUAUUCUAGGGCUUUUUUGGUGCUGCUUUAGAGCAUUCUUUUGGGCCUUUCUGUAUUUUUGGAUAGAAUCUUUUCCCUUCGUCUUUGAUCCGAUUUCAUGGGUUCAAGAUGUUAUGCCUAUCGGGCAUGAAGAAAUACAACUCCUCUUAAUUCACUGA